CUGCGAUUGGAAGAGUGGUUUCCUUAGGCAUUGACGGCAUUCAUUCACGUAUCGUCAUGAGGCCGACGAGGCCUCCGAUCUGACAGGAAGCGUCACAGUCAACAGCGUACGAAUGAAGAUGGUAGUAAUGCCCUCAGAACUAUCAUUACACGAAUGAAUCAUCGGUGUCUUCGCAUCAUCGUUGGGGGGAAGGAGGGGGUUGUUGGACUGUUUUCGGCGUCGUCUCGUAGUCUCGUCGUCGUCGAGACAGAGCGUGGGUUGAGUGUGGGAAAAAACUUCUUUUGCUGGUAUUCAAACGGGAAUCUGGCAAAACCUGGCAAAACCUGGCAUAGGAGCAACUUUCUGGGGGUUCGUCGCGCGAUACGACAAAACGGUCCUAUGGCAGAUGGCCCAAAACAAACUCUGUACGGGCGAGGAUAGAUUCGAACGGACAUUCAAUGCAGUCAGCCGCCUCUACGUGAGUGCGCACGAAGAAAUCUCGAAAUUGCUGAAGGAAGAAUGGGAGAACAUUGGAUUGGAAUCCUUGUUUUUCACCCAGGGCACUUUGUCCACUGUGGUGCCAUUCGAGGUCGUGCGCUCGACUCUGUUCAAAACGUCUACGAGGAUCGAUGACGUCGAGCGAGUUUGGAUGCAGAUGGGGUCGAUCAAGCUGAAAGACAUUGCUAAGAUCCGCGAAUGUCUUGCGAAGAAUCACCCGGAACCUACCCCGCCUGUUCGCACGCCCGCAUUGCUGCCCGCAUUGCUGCGGUUUUGCUCAUUUUGUAUCAUUGCGAAAAUGACCUUCAAAUUUGAGAACGAAUCCCAGAGGCAUAAAUAUCGGUGGAAAGUAGAAUGGGGGGAUGCAUAGAAGUCUUCAAUUCACACGAGGGAGACGUAGCUAUGUUUCCCGGGGCAUUAAUGUGUUUUUGGAUAGAUAGAUUCGUUGAACGUUUCGGCUUUAAACAACGUGCAAGUGAUCCGAAUCCAUUCGCAAAACUCCCCGAUUCCG